GCGGGGUGAGGAGCCACUGUGCAGUAAGAGGUAACCUGGCGAGUGGUACCAGCGCUUUUCGGUGCUGAGGCUCACGCUUUGGUACUAGAGGCCGAGAGUGUUCCGACGACGGCGACCUCUGCGGCAACGACUGAGGCUCUCGGCAGAGCGGCAGAGUACGGUCUGGAGGAGGGGCUUCUGGUCAGCCCAGAUUCUAUCAUAAUGAAUGGAUCCAGUGUGGCCAACACAUCACCCAAUGUAAAAUCCAAGGAGGAACAGGGCUUAAAUGGGCAUGAUGAGAAGGAAAACCCAUUUGCAGAGUACAUGUGGAUGGAGAAUGAAGAGGAUUUCAACAGACAGGUGGAGGAGGAGCUGCAGGAGCAAGACUUUUUGGACCGCUGCUUCCAGGAGAUGCUGGACGAAGAAGACCAAGACUGGUUUAUUCCCUCACGAGACCUGCCUCAGGCUGUGGGGCAGUUGCAACAACAGUUAAAUGGACUGUCUGUCAGUGACGGUCAUGAUUCUGAAGAUAUUUUGAGCAAAAGUAACCUGAACCCGGAUGCGAAGGAAUUUAUUCCAGGAGUGAAGUACUGAGCUGACAGAAAAGCUUUGAGGAGGACUCGUAUGUCCCCACAUCUGGGGACAGCGCUGCACGAAAAGGCAGAGCUGAAGAGGGGGGCAGGGUGGGCAAGGGGUGCAUAGAGGGGAAGGGAAACAGGGGUUUACCUCGACACUGUGACUGGAGUAACUAAGGUGUUCAGUCUUAUUCUGCAAGCCUCUGGAUAGUUCUCCUUCAUUCUACUGACUUUCAUUUUGAGCAGUUUCCUAUUAUUAUUAUUAUUAUUAUUAUUUGCAGCUUUUUGGCUUUUUGAGUUAAGGAAAUUGCAAUUUUUUUUCCCUUCAUUAGGAAUGUUCUGCUGUGUGUAUUUAAACAAAAUAAGCUGACCAAGAAAAUCUUGGAGUUUACAAAUGCCCUGCUCACCUUACUGUGUACUUACAAGGGCAUUAAAUACCUGGAGAACUACUUAUCGAGUCUGUUAAGCUGGAUGGAUAGAGGGACAAAUGGAAGAAGCAAGUGUUACAAACCAGAGUAUGCAGCUCAGCUUCCCCAACCCCUGGGGAUAUCCUGUGAUGAACUGGGAUUACCAAUAGCUUGCUGAGCCCAGGUCUUCCUACCUUGAACCCCAUUCAAGAAAACAGACUUAAAGUACUGGUUUAUGGUAACACUUUUGGUGGCUGAUGAAAGUUGUAAAUCAGAAGGGGAGGAUUGUGAUGGUUAUUGUCACUUGAGUCAUACAGUCACUGUCGGCCUACUCUUAAGUCUCUUUACAGCUACCUAUCCCUUUCCAUCCCAAAGCUACUCUGAUUUUAAGAGAAAAUAUUGUUACCAAAGGGGUGUGAGAAGCAUGCUGUGCUGGCCAUCCACUUCAGCCUGGAGAAGUCAUCCUUGAAUCCUGUUAGCUGUGUCUUAAAUUUAUUUUGACAGUUUUUUUUCCCAGCCCCAUGAAGACUUGGUUUUCCUGGUAGCUUACUUCCCUUAGAAAGGUUUAUGCACUUUUAUAAAUAAAUAUAUUUUUCAGAACACUAGCAAGAAGCUAAGUUCACAAUUUGGAUGCUUCUCCCACUAUUCAAGACUGCAGAAAAGCCUAGGAGACUGAGUCCCACUUGACCCAGGUGAUUGUGACCCACCAGGAUAGUUUCAGCGGCUGUAAAAUUUUGUCGUUCCCACAUGCCCAGCUUUGCGAGUUUUCUAGGAUGGGCUCUCUGGAUACGUUCCUUUUGUCUUUCCUUCAUAUAAGUGACAGGUUUUUUGUUUGUUUGUUUGUUUGUUUAUUGAUACUCAUAAGGAACUAAACUGAUUCCAGGAGCUGCCUUUGUAUGAUAGAGAUGUAGAUGGCAUAGUUCAGUCUAAAAGAGCAUGUCCAGUCCUAGCCAUUCUCCUAAGAUGAGGACUUGCAGAGGUCUGUGGGAAGUGGCUUCUGUAUGACUGCUGCUGUGUUAUGUGAUAAGCCUAUCAGGAAAAGAGCAUGUAACUUGAAAUAAAGUCUGUGUAAAUUCA